AUGUACAUGCCCACCAUUCUGGCGCUUCGAGGUGAUCUAAUUUAUGUUGCUUCGAUAUCUCCAAUUUACAUCCCAAUACUUAUACCAGUCACGAACUUCGUUCUCACCUUGAUCGGUGUCCUUGCAACCUGCUUUCGGCUAUGGCGCCGAAAGACCACAACUCAUAUUUGGUGGGAUGAUAUAUGGGCCGCGCUGACGAUGAUCCUCGGGAUUAUUUUCAUGACGUCUUUUGAGCUCUUCCUUCAAAAUCAAAGCCUUUUUCCUGGCAUCAAGGACUUCCUACUAACUUGCAUUCAAUCAGUGUUGCCCAGUCUUAUAUUGCUGUCAAUUCGUAAGAUCCACACUGCUACUCCAUUCCAUGUGUUAAUCUCAAUCCUUUUUAUCGUGAUCCGCAUCUCCAAUGGAAGAAUGCGGUAUAUUCUCAAAUGGAUCGCCGCUAUUUUCGUUCUGACAUGGGUUAUUCUUACCGCUCAACUGCUCUGGACGUGCGAGGGGAAAAACGCGGAUUGGGGCCCAGGCCAUCUGAUAUGUGUAAUGCCCUUGAGAGUUGCGAUCGUACAAUUGACCACCGAUACGUUGAGCGACGUCAUCUUAAUUGUAGCGCCCCUCCGUCUUGUCUGGAAUAUAAAUCUUAAUCAUGCUUGUUGGCUGAUAGUAGACGGUGGCGGGUUAUCUGAGGCCCUGGCGGCAGUCAUCCAGAAUUCCGUUAGUCUGAUUGUUUGCAAUUUCAGCGUCAUAAUCGCCUUCAUCUUCCAAAUCGCGGCGGAAGAUGCAAGGAGCUCUUACCAUGUAGAAGCUGGGAGCCUCUCUCUCCGGUGCAAGGUGCCUAGCGGUGUGCCUUCAGGGACAGGUGUGCGUAUUGAGCGGACCGAAGUGAUAACUUUGGACAGCCUUGGUUCAUUGCACGGGAAUACGACUAAAGUCGGUCAACCUUUUGACACGGAUAGCAAGGAUUUUUUGACGGAGAAGGACUGCACAUGA